UUAGUUUGUGGCAUCUAGGCGAGAAGGAAGCACAUAGGAGAUUUUCUGAUUAAUAUAUGAAUAGACUGUUUUAUUUCUAGUAUUUCUAUACAAGAAAGAAAGAUUGUAUUACCAUGCGCUUAUCUCCAAGAGAACUCGAAGGUCUUCUUGUGCAUCAGGCAGGGUUUUUAGCUCAGAAACGAUUGGCUCGUGGACUCCGAUUGAACCACCCAGAAGCUGUAGCUCUUAUCGCCUCUCAGGUACAAGAGUUGGUUCGGGAUGGAUACACUGUCGCUGAUUUGAUGGAUAAAGGGAGACACAUGUUAGGACGUCGUCAGGUCCUUCCAGGCGUAGAGGAGAUGAUUUCGGAGAUUCAGGUGGAAGCAACGUUUCCUGAUGGAACUAAACUGGUAACCGUACACACUCCUAUAUCAAGGGAAGAUGGUGAUCUGACAUUAGCGUUGUAUGGCAGCUUUCUGCCAGAACCAGACUUGCAGGUGUUUAGGGACGAAGAUAAAAUGGAAUCUUGUGUUCCUGUAGCAGGUGACGGCUCCGUUAUUAAUCAGCCACCAGGGAAAAUUUUUCCUCAAAGUUCUGAAUAUUUAGAACUAAAUGCUGGUCGUAACACUAGACUUUUGCGUGUUACAAGUUUAUGCGAUAGGCCAAUCCAGGUUGGGAGUCACUAUCAUUUUAUAGAAACUAAUAAAUCAUUGGUGUUUGACAGAAGCAAAGCCUAUGGUAUGAGGCUGCACAUUCCUGCAGGAACAGCUAUCAGAUUCGAACCAGGAGAAACUAAAGAGGUUCCUCUUGUGGAAAUAGCAGGAAGAAGAGUUGUCAGAGGAGGAAAUGGUCUUUGUGAUGGUCCGGUGGAUCCAGUAAAAUUACCUGAUAUUCUCAAGAGAGUUAAGAUGCUGGGAUUUGGCCAUCAAUAUCAGAAUGAAGACAUAACCGGACCAAAAUGCACGUUACCAAGGUUUCAGUAUGCUAGAAUUUACGGACCUACGGUAGGGGACAAGGUGAGGUUAGGUGACACGUCAUUAGUCAUUGAGGUGGAAAAGGAUCACACGGUUUAUGGUGACGAAUGCAAGUUUGGGGGAGGGAAGGUCCUGAGAGAAGGAAUGGGACAGGCAUCUUUAGUAAGCAGUGAGGCAUCUUUAGACACUGUGAUUACCAAUGUUCUUAUAGUAGAUGCAGUAACUGGUAUUGUAAAAGCUGACGUUGGAAUAAAGAAUGGAUUGAUUGCAGGAAUUGGUAAAGCUGGAAACCCAGAUGUUAUGGAUUCUGUAAUGUUGGACAUGGUAGUGGGGGUUGGCACUGAGGUUAUAGCUGGAGAAGGUCUGAUCCUCACAGCGGGUGCGUUAGAUUCCCACGUGCAUUUUAUCUGCCCUCAACUAGUCAGAGAAGCUAUAUCAGCUGGAAUUACUACCAUGUUUGGUGGAGGUACAGGCCCUGCCUCAGGCACUUGUGCUACAACCUGUACUCCUGGACCCAAUCACAUAAGGUUGAUGAUUCAGAGUACAGAUGCUUUUCCUAUGAACUUUGGAUUUACAGGAAAAGGUAACACAUCUCGCUCAGAAGGAACUUCCGUUGAACUUAGAGAGCAGAUAGAAGCUGGAGCUAUUGGAUUAAAACUGCAUGAAGACUGGGGGUCAACACCUUCGGCAAUUGACCACUGCCUCCGUGUCGCAGAAGAGUGUGACGUUCAGAUUAUGAUUCACACAGACACACUGAAUGAAUCAUCUUGUGUAGAGCAAACGAUCGAAGCUUUCAAGGGUCGGACUAUUCACACAUAUCACAGUGAGGGGGCAGGAGGUGGUCAUGCACCCGACAUCUUAAGGGUAUGUGGAGAAUCCAAUGUCUUGCCAUCUUCAACCAACCCAACAAGACCAUUCACAAGAAACACUAUAGAUGAACAUAUGGAUAUGUUGAUGGUGUGCCACCAUCUAGAUAAAAACUUGAAAGAAGACGUUGCUUUUGCGGAAUCUCGUAUUCGAGCGGAAACUAUUGCUGCCGAGGAUAUAUUGCACGAUAUGGGCGCCAUUAGCAUGAUGAGUUCUGACUCUCAAGCCAUGGGAAGAAUUGGAGAGGUCGUCACUAGGGCCUGGCAGACAGCAGACAAAAUGAAAUAUCAGCUAGGCCGCCUGCCGGAAGAAAAAGGAAGUAACGACAAUUUUAGAGCCAAGAGGUACAUCGCUAAAUAUACUAUUAAUCCUGCUAUCGGCCAUGGUAUGAGUGAACUGAUUGGUUCCGUCCAG